CCUACAUACAAUUUAUUCAUUUUGUAAGAGAAUAAAGCAUGAUUUACUUAUAAUAAUUAUGUAUUAACAAUAAUCUCGUGUAAAGUUUAUGCGGUCUUAUUCGCAAAUAAAACUCGUCUGUAAGCUCACAGCUACGCGAGUUACGAGGUAAGAAAAAAAUAAGUAAAAGAACAUCGAUGGAUGUUUAAUUUAUCUUAGGCGGUUUUUCCCAUUCGUUGAUUUUCCCAUUCACGCCCCGUUUAACGAAGGUUCCGUUUCCUUUCACCACAAUUCCUUUUACGCGAUAAACAUUGAUUAUCGCGUAAUACCCUUGUCUACACGUGCACUUGCGGCCGCGCAUGCUACUAUACGACUGGGUAGGAUCACUAUGCCAAGGACCAGCCUGGCGGCUGUCUGUGGGUUCAAUUCCCACGGAAGACCGGGUAACGGGUGCUUAAGAUGUCAUUAUCCUAAGGUUAAGUGAUAGGUACACUCUUGAGCGUAACCUUUGUUUCUCUCGCGCGCUUGAGGAGAGAAAAUAUCCGCACGCUCUCGAAAAACGAAUUGCGCGAUUGGAAUCUUAGCGAUCCAUCGAUUUGCUUUGGUCAGUUAUCGCACGGCACCGUCGAUUCCAUAACAGGAACCCUCGCCGGAAAUUUGUAAGGGAUGUCGGACGGUGGCGUACAGAACGUGAUAAAUAUGAACACGCGGUGGUCAGGAUCCGUGUUAGAGGGUAUCCGCGUUGCUCAAUUUACAUACGUACAGGAUCUCGAGACCAAUCCGAAUUUUCGGAUUGCGCGCGAAGCCCGUGCCUUUCACGAUGGGGGCACUGCGCGCGGUUCUUCGUUUGUUUGCAUCUGACAUUAAAGCCUACGUGAAAUAUUUCUAUAAUUUCCUGUCGAAUAAUCCCAGUCAUUGUCUAGGCUGGCAAACGUGCCCGUCUGUCCGGUAACGGUGCGACGCCGUUGUCCAAAAAAAUAGAGAUUUCCGAGACCGAUUCUCAAUUUAUUUAUAUGAUAAUAAAGGCUGCCUCGACAUUUCCUUGAUCAACACUUACGUAACGUAGUAUGAGAAAAAAAGACACUCUAACGUCGUCGAAUUUCAGUCUCCUUCCCGUGUCCCAACGACGUGACAUGAUUUCCGAUCGGUUUGUGGAGAAUCUCGUUCGCGGAGUUGUCUCUCUCGAUCUGUCACGACGCGCUACUUGGCUGUCACAAAUCUAAACGCGAUCGUAAAACAGUUGUAAAAUCAUUUACUGAUCCGUGCAAGUCGCGUUUUACCUGUCGGCGUGCACGUCAGCGAUCCGACAGAUUAAUUAAUCUUCCCGCUUGUCACGUAUAAACGGAACGUUUACACGCAUUUGCAUUAUUUAAGCCUCGCGGAGGUGUAAAUCGCGGAGAAUCCCCGAUAUCGCAGGAUCGUGUAAGAAACGUGAUAUUGGACAUUUCCUAAAAAAGAACAAUUAAUUACACAUUUGGUUUCUCUUUCUUUCUUUUUCAACUUUAUUCAUUCAUUUUUUCCUUCUGUCUCUCUUUCUCUCCUUCUUUUUCAACGUUCAGACGAUCUCGAUCGCGUUCACGCCGAUGCCAUUGCGGUAAGUAAUCGAAACAGCGGAGAAGUCGUCGCCGAGUCCUCGUGUCCGAGUUUGCAGGUUGCGCAAGGCAAGAUCGCCUCGUGUGUCAUUACGUAAGGGCAACAACUGCAAGUCGCAUGGACGUCGUCGUCGUCGUCGUCGUCGUUGCGGACGGAGAAGGAAAAUCUCCUCGGCGCGGAGCGUAAUUGCACGCCGGUGAGUGGCCGCGGGUGGUCCUUUCCCUCUCCUGCCACCAGAUUUCUCGCAGGUGAGAACGCAGAUGAAGAUGACACCCGGCGCCACGACGCGGCUACGACAUCCGCCGCAUUCGCGCGGGGGUGUCGCCGUCGGAGCCGGCGUGCUCCCGAUUCUUAGACCCCCUUAGAGGGAGCAACGUAGACGGCCGUGCCGAAAUAAACUUUCCCGGGUUAUGUAAAGAGGCUGUGGCGUCUCCGCAUCGUGGACUGCGCCGGUAUAAAGGUCGGCUCUGCCCCCAACGGUCCAAGAGUUGCUCGCGAACUUCACGCCGGCAACCAUCGGGAGAGGCAAGCUCUACAUGUGACCACCGCUCGUUCGUGCUCGAUUGCCGCCUUCGCCUUUUUUUUUUUUUUCGUCUCUGACGUUUACCUCGCGUUUAAACGCGCUACACUCACCCGGCUCAGGACGCUCCUCGUUUUUCCCCGUGCGCGCGUAUACACGCAAUAGCAUUAAACGCACGAUCAUCGUCGAACCGGCAGCAUGCGUGCCCUGUUGUUAGCGGCCCUUUUCGGGUUCGUUCAUGGUCAAUACUUCCAGGAGCCGGAGAAGAUCGUGAAAUACUCGAGUAAUCUCGGCGACACCCGCGGUCACUAUUCGUUCACCUACGAGACCGAGGGCGGUAUACUUCAGCGGGAGAGCGGCAGCCGUAAAUACGCCGGCACCGCCGACGAGACGCAACUCAUUCAGGGCUCCGUGCAGUACAAUGCGCCUGACGGCACCCCCAUCGCCAUGAGCUGGACCGCCGACGAGUUCGGCACCCAGGUGUCCGGCACACACAUCCCUACCCCGCCGCCGAUCCCGCCUGCGAUUCAGCGUGCCCUCGAGUGGAUCGCCAAGCAGCCUACCACCCCGGAACCGAUCGAGAAGGACAAUCCGACGCAGAACGCGGUCCCCCGUGACAAUCGCCAGUACCGAUUGUCCUCGAAUAAACGAAACUGAAAGCGUGCGCAAAGUAUAGCAUUAAGUCCGUCCAAACUGUUUAUCUCUCUCCUGCCGCUUCACGCAAUAUGACGCUUCCAAUAAAAAUUUGUACUUUUGUAGAAAUUAGUUUUAUAGAAAUUAGUACCGAGAGUGUUGUCUCGAUGGAGAUGGAUUUUGAUGGGAGUUAUGUCCUUCAUACAGCAUUUUCAUGCCAGUCGAGAGGUGGCUUUAUAGACAGUUGACUCGUUCUAUUCUCGCAUGCUUUCCUGUAGUUAGCGCAUGAUCUCAUAAUCAAAACGCAGAUAUAUAGUAAAACGUUUUGAAAAAACGAAUCUUCUUUUUGUUAUAAGUACAUUUGUUUCUUUUUUUUUUGUCGUUGUCAUCUAAAACUGAAAAUGAAUGUUCUACAUUUGAGAUGUAACAUUCAAGUAUAUGUAAACAAUGGCAUAAAUAAGCGAGCUACGCUGAGAUUAUUUGAUAAA